AUGGGCGAAAGCGAGUGUUGGUCAGUUGGAGGUUAUGUGUUCUGCGCGGGUCCGCAGGAGGAGGAGGAGGAGGAGGAGGAGGAGGAAGAAGCCAUUGCCGUUGCAGCCGGCAACUCCUUGAGGACCCAACCCUCCCCUCCAGGCAGCGCAGUCUGUCCCGACGCGGACAUUAUAGUCGCCAAGGGCAACCAGCUUGCCCGCCUUCGGCACAGACGCCACGAGGGAGUGCAAAUCCUCCUAGAACUUGGACUUCGUCUCGUCAGAUCCGAUUAUUGUGAGGACGUCAACUCAGAUGAUGAUGAUGAUGAUGAUGAUGAUGAUGAUGAUGAUGAUGAUGAUGAUGAUGAUGAUGAUGAUGAUGAUGAUGGCGAAUUGGAAUCCCUGAAGAGACAGGUACGGGCUCAUCAGUCGGUCGUUGGUACUCUGCGGCAGACAGGGCAGUCUUCCCACGAUAUCGUUCCGGAUGGCAAAGACGGCGCCCGCGUCUCGUCGCUCUGCUUUUGGGCAGCCGUUCCAGCAGAAGGUGUAGCCGGCACCCACCUUCAGGUGGCCUUGUUCGAAGAAGCGGGUCUUGCUGAGUGCAGCGAGGUCCACCUUGUGGCGCGCCAGUUCACGGGCGACUAG